AUGUUAAAUCAAGAAGAAAUUCAUCGUUAUUUUAAUCAUUUGAGCGGAGCAAAGCGUAUCGAAUUCUUAUAUGGUCUUCUACAUCUAUGUCAACCAUUAGAAUUAAGAUAUUUAGGCACAUGUUUAGAAGAAAUAGCACGCAAAGAUUAUGAAUAUUUAUAUCAUGCUGAACAGAAAACAAAUCAUUUAUCAUCUACGCAAACUGUGUCAUCAUCAUCGACUUCAUCAGUAUCGAGUAGCAACGAACAAGACAAUCAACCAGUAGAACUUUCAUCUGAUGAAAAAUUAGAUUUAACAGAUCAAUUUACACGUGCACACGCCAUCGUUGAUAUUGCACUCUUGUGGGCAAAAAAUCGGGCAUGUGCUAUACGAUUAUUUCGUCGUCUAAAAGCUAGCGAAAGCGUUAACUUAGUUGAUCUGCUUCUUGAACGCGAUGAUUUAGAUGAACGAACAAUGGAUGAAAUAUUAAUCAUAUUUUGUUUAGCUUCUAAUCAUCCAGCAUUUAGUUUUGAUAUGCGUACACAAAUGUCUCAAAUAUUUAAAGACUUAGAGAAACGACAAAGAAAAAUGAAAUUACUAGAAACUACACAAAAUAAUGUUAAUGACGAUGAUACACUCGAGCAAUCAACAUGUUUAGGUUAUCAUUCUGUAUCAUCGAUGAUGCAUAAUUCCAAUACAUUUAGUGUACAUGCAUCACCUCUUUUAACUCGAUUAACUGUUGUGAACUUUGAUAUAGAUUCAGUAUCACUAAGAAUAUUAAUUAGAGCUGAUUGGUCAGAUAAUAAUUCAACUCUCACAUGGAAAACCCCAAAUGAUAUUCGUUCGUUUCAUUUACAACUAUCGAAUAUUGUUUAUCAUGACGACGUACGAUUGGAACGCUUAAUGAAUAUCUCUGGUUGUUUACGUGAUAUUGGUUCAUUAACUGAACCUGAUAUUGAGUCAAUGAAAAAAAAUAUUCAAAUCUACAUAGAACAUCUCGUCUAUUUUUCUUCAUAUAUAUCAACAAUAUCAACUUUAGCAAGAUUUUUUAAUUCAUCAUUGAAACUUGUUGAUUCGAAACAACGAUUAUUUAAUCCAAGCAAUACUUUGAAUGAGUCAUUAUCAUCAUCGCCAACGCAUUCUAAUGCAGUAACACCACUACAAUGUGAAAUACCUAUUCAACAACAAACAGAUGCAGAUAGUAAAACAUUAUCGUCACCAAAAUUAUCAAUAAGUUUUAACAAAUCUAAACAACAAUUAGAUGUAACUAAGCAAGCUCGUUCAAUAAUUCCAACAAAUAAUGGUACACAAACUGGAUUAGAAGUACGAUGUGAAGAAACUCAAACUGAUCGAAUGCCUGGACCCGGUUUUGUUCUUGCUGAACAUCAAGAUUAUCUUCGACGAUAUUCAAUGGAUGAAUUAGCAAAAUUAACUCCACGCGAUCUUAUUGUUGAUGGACUUGAUUCAACUACAGCUCAUUUACUUUGUGGAGCUCUCGAUGAUUUAAAACCGAUGAGCGUUCAUUUAACUAAUAGUAAUAGACAUGUUCGUUCACCAUCUACUUUUAUUCAAAUUCCUCCAUCAUCAUCAUCAUCUUUACUACCACCACCACCACCACCACCUUUACUUGAUGCUGCUCUAAUGACUGUUGUACAAAACCAACAAGCAUCUCGUAUAUCAACUCAUGCUUCUGAUCGAAAUCAGCUUGAGCAAACUGUAAUUAAUUUUGGAGGUGUCCGGCCAUGUUCAUCAUCAAGUCCAAGUCCAAAAUUACCGAAAAUGGGAACAAUAAACAACGGAAAUAACAAUGGUGUAGCUCCACCACCACCAACAUCACUACCUUCUCAUCAAUCUUCUUCAUUACCAUCGUCAUCAUCAAAUUGUCCACCGCAAAAUCAACAUCACGCUCCAUUAUUAACUACACAUUCAUUUCUUUACAAUCCAAUGGAACCUUGCAUAUUUCCAAUAGCUAUUCCACCUGGUUUUCCAUCUUCAUCAUCCGAUUUUAUCAGAUUAUUCGCUCCAAACAUGUCGGCAGCAACAGCAGCUACUAUGGGUAAUACAAAUAAUUCAUCGGGUGCGAGUUUUGUUCAGAAUUCAAUUGGUUCACAAGGACACGGACCUAAUUCUCGUUCAACAACACAAUCAAACGGUGCGACAACACCACCAGAGCAGCAUGGACCGAACGUUCAUCAUUAUCAUCCAUCUUCAUCGACAUCAUCAUCGACUAUUUCUCGUCAUCAACAAUCAUAUUAUCGUCAAAGACAACAGUAUCCAAUGGAUUCACAUCAAUUUCAACAAAAUAUAUCUCAUAGUUAUCAUCAUCAACAACGACAAUCACAAAUAUCCUAUUCACAGCCACAACAACAUAAUCGACCUAAAGCAUGUUACACUUGCGGUGAUAUUGGUCAUUUAGCUUUUGCCUGUCCUGAACAGUAUUCAUCAGAUUCAAAUUAUUCUCAUAAUACUAGAGAUGGCUAUAAGCUUGAUUACCGACCAAGACUUAAUACAUCGACAAAUUUACACCAACAGCAAAAGCAAAUGCGCUCAAAUUCAACAUCGAAAACUAAAGUUCGAGACAAUAGUUGA